AUGAUUAUUGUUACGCAUUUGGAAGUAUUGACUGUAUUUAUUCAGCUACUAACGACAACGGUGAGGCACCCUACAGAGCUGGAGUCGACCUCUAGCAUUUUCACUACCUCAUCUACUUCAAAAACAUUUUCCACAGAUAUUGCAAUCACUAGAUCAAGCACUAGCGCUACUGCUUGUAGCAUCGCUUCCAGCUCAACUAAAGUCUCUAGCUCAACUGGAACCACAUCCGUGGCUACACACUCUUUCGAUAGCAUAAUGUUAGCGGCACACAACAACUUUAGGUCCUUACACAAUGCCCAGCAGGUUGCUUGGAACACAACUUUAUAUGACUACGCUUACUCCUAUGCCUCUAAAUACGAUUGUUCGGGAGAUCUUGUUCAUUCUGGAGGGCCAUAUGGAGAGAACUUGGCCAUUGGUUACACGCCAAAUGGUUCUGUAAAUGCAUGGUAUGACGAGGGCCAGUCAUACAAUUACAAAACUCAAGAUACUUAUGAUCAUUUUACCCAAGUUAUAUGGAAUGGUACGUCCCAAAUAGGCUGUGCUUACAAGUAUUGCAAUGAAGUAUGGGGAAAGUAUAUCAUUUGUUCUUACUAUCCUCCUGGAAAUAUCAUUGGUGAGAGCCUGGAAAAUGUAUUUCCAUUGGUAUGA